AUGAAGACGAAGACGAACAGGUCGCCAUUCUGUCUCCUCCCUGCUACGACGAUCUUGACUUUCAUAAUGGCUCCAAACGUGUCAUUGUUCUCAGUCAAUGCGAUCCUCGUCCUGGCAACGGACGAUUCGUCUCGAAUUCUCGCGAAAUACUAUGCACCUCCGCACCCUCCAGCGGGCACUCCUGCCAACUCUACCAGCUACCCAGGCGCAAAUCCGUACCCAAACCUGAAAGACCAGAAAGCCUUCGAGAAAGGGUUACUUGAAAAGACUGCUAAGCAGACAAGCGAUAUCAUACUCUACGAUAAUCGUGUCGUAGUAUUCAAGAUGGAAAGUGACAUAAUGUUAUACGUGGUCGGAGGCGCAGACGAGAAUGAGAUCCUGCUCUACAAUGUUAUUCUAGCUCUAAGGGAUUCUUUAAAUAUCCUGCUUAAAAACACCGUAGACAAGCGAACGAUAAUCGAAAAUUAUGACCUUGUAUCCCUUGCAAUUGACGAAAUCAUCGAUGAUGGUAUUGUGCUCGAGACGGACCCAGUUGUGGUCGCAUCAAGGGUGAGCCGGCCCCCGGCGCAGGACAUGACAUCCAUGAAGGGAAUCGAUCUUUCUGAGCAGGGACUUUUGAAUGCAUGGGAGUUUGGCAAGUCUAGAUUAGCGGACCGGUUGCGCCAAAUGUGAAAGGAGAAAGGCGUUUAUGGUUGUAUAGGGAACGGUACUGGUAUCAACCACAUGAAGAGUACGAAAGCUGUCUGGCCGGCUGGCUCACUCCGGUAUAGCUCGUAGAUUCCGGAGUGGCCCUUGCUAUUGACGCAGUUCUAUCCUGCUCCGCAUAUCGGAAUUUGGACUUCGCGAUUAACGGUGGGAAGGGCCGGGGGUUUUACAGUUAGGAGCAGCUACAUGGCGCAUAUCUCGCCCGAAUGCAUUGAAUGAGAUCAAGAAGCAUUCAAGGAUGUGACGAUCAACACAACA